CAUUCGGGGUGGGGAUAAUGGUAAUUUAGUUUGUUACCUUUAUAGAAGUCGGUAAUUUAGCAAUGGGGUUAAUAAAGAAGACACAGAUGAAUGAGGGUAAUAUUCAAAACAGGCGGUGAAGGAGGGAAUAACAAAAGAUUUGUCACACACCGAAAAAUACUAAAAUACUAAAUGUACUGCACUGUUUUGAAUAUUUAUCUUGUGUGUACUGCUGAUGCUGUAUUAGAGUCAACAAAUGAUGAAGUAAAACUAAUGAAGAAGUCGUCAAGGACUCUGUACAAACAGCAAAAAGUGCUGCCAAAUAUCAAGUUUAAUCUCAUGAGAGAGCUACUUGUCCGCACAGCGUGGCGCAGUCGCCUGAGUCCAUAAGUUAAAUUUAAAAUGGCAAGAAGAAAAAUCAUCGUUUUAGGGGAAACAACAUUUUCAGAACUUGUGUCGCAGUAUAAUACACUAUCAUUAAAACCAGCAAGUAAUUGGUGGCAUUGUGGAGGGGGCGGGGCUUAAAUGUAUUUUACGCUUGGUGGUUGGCUCGGCGGCAUAUGACGUCAAACGGAAGUAACUCAGCUUUUCUGGGUGCACGACAGAAGGCUCAUGUUGAGAACAUGGAGCAGAACAAUGGUAGGAUAAAGUUGUUGUUAAAUAACGUUUAUGGUGACGUUACGUCUUCUUUUGUAGCUCAGCCAUUUGAAUAUGGAAUAAGUGAACGUUCAUUAGAGUCGGUGACAGAUCGAUGUGUUUGAUAUAAAUUGACAAACAUCUUACUUGGAAGUGGAAGCUAAUAAUAAAGCAGCUAAAGUUAUAAAACUCAGCUCAUUUGUUCGUCCUAAAGGAAUGAACUUCGUAUAGCUUAUAAAUCUUGAAUAAUAAUGCAUAGUUAUCAACGUGAAACAUGAGCUUAAAGAAGGACCUACUUUGGCUGAACUCGUGAACUCGGGUGAUGAAACAUGCCAUCAGUCCCUUUUACUUCAGCGUUUCAUGUUUCUGACCUUUCAACUUGACACCUCAUGCCACACAUGACCCAGUCUCGUGACAGUCUUACGAUGAUUUACCAUCUAAUAAAUAUCUGUAAUAUAUGUGAUAUGUGCCAAGGUUAAAAUGAAUUUAUCCUUAGUGUUUUUUACUCUCCUGAUCCACAGAUGGGAGCUUAGCCCAAGUCCGGCAUGUUGUCUUGGUCCUGUCAGGAAAAGGAGGUGUAGGAAAAAGCACCAUCACCACAGAGUUAGCUCUUGCUCUCAGACAUGCUGGCAAGAAGGUAAGUUUCAUGACCAGCUCUGUGUAUGUGAAACAGAUUAAGGGAUGUCAGUAAAGGUCCAAAUGUAUCUGUCAGGUUGGCGUCCUGGAUGUUGACCUAUGUGGGCCCAGUAUUCCCCGCAUGCUGAAUGUGGGCCGGCCUGAUGUGCACCAGUGUGACUCGGGAUGGGUGCCUGUCUACACCGAUGCAGACAAGAGUCUUGCCCUUAUGUCCAUUGGCUUUUUGCUGGAGGAUCCAGAUGAAGCAGUGGUGUGGAGGGGGCCUAAGAAAACAGGUGCAAUAUUUUCCAUUUGAUACUAUCUAACACACCCAUAACACGCUGGGUAAUAUGGGAAAAAGUUUAUCACAAAAUAUAUAUGUAUUUUUUACAUCAGUUGAUAUCGAUAUACAUCACAAUGUUAAAAAAUACAUUUAACAGUGCAAUACAAUAAGCUACUGCAUCUGUGAGGUCUUUGUGUCUCUUAGAUGUUUUGUCGUAAGGCGUUGCGCUAGAGAAAGUGGACUGAAUGGUCGGUUGUUUCAGUUGCACAGGCACCAUGGGCUCCUUGCUUGGCUCAGGAUUUGUAACCUUUUGCAUUGCGUGUGCUCUGCCACUUGGCACUGCUUCAGGUGGUGAAAAAGAUUUGAGGUAUUCCCCAACUUUGUGAGAACAUGUACUCGACAUAAUUUGCAGUGCACAUCACUCUGCUUCAUGUCCGACCUAAAAAAACAAAAUACCUCCACACCACCGACGUUUUCAUGCCAGUGUUGUCGACGAUGUCAUCAUCGGUUGAGCCUUCAUCUGCAUUUCCAGGGGUAUCACUGAUUUUCUUUUUUUCUCACUGAAAGUGCUAUCAGCUUCACGUGUAUCAGUGCUAUGGUUGCGUGUAGCUGCAGCCUGCUACUACGCAGUUAUUCACGACUUGGUUCUAUUUCAGCAAAUGAUCGGUUCAGCACAAAGCAGACCCGGAGCAACUCCCCUCUAUAUUGACUGUUCUUAUACUCUACUAAAAUAUGGCGGAAUGCCGACUAUCAAAAAGCACUAUAUUUUGUAUUGAUAUUAUAUUGACCGUGUUUUAUAUUGAUAUUGAGGGAAAUUAACUUUCGAUAUUUAUUGUUAUAGUUUUAUCGCCCAGCCCUAAACACACCUAUCGUAAGCAUUUAUAUCGCCACAAAAAUGGCUGACUGUGUUAUUUUGCUCUUGAACUCACCAUAUUUGCAUCUUUUGUUAUCGUCUAUUUUCUUAUUUAUGAAUGUCUUGCAGCUCUAAUCGGCCAGUUUGUGUCAGAUGUUGCGUGGGGAGAGCUAGAUGUGCUGCUAGUUGACACACCGCCAGGGACGUCUGAUGAGCAUUUAGCGGUGCUGGAGAACCUUAAAAAACACAGAGUGGAUGGAGCAGUUUUGGUCACUACACCCCAGGUACCAAGAAGCCCAUCUACAUUUUUUAUGUACAAAAAACCCCCAACCUAAAUUAAGUUUAGAAGGUGAUGUUUGGCUGAUUAUCUUUUCAUUCACAUACAAUUGAUGGCCGGCAUAUGUGCUUUAGAGCAAAUAGAAGAAAGUGACUAGCACUGUGGCUCAUAUUUUUGUAUUGUUAAAAGCAGUGGCGAUUGCUCUAAGAACUGCAAGGGAAGCUCAGCUUCCCUUAAAAUGUCACCCCCCAAAAAAAGAAAAAGUAGUGAAAUACGUACUGCUGUGUGUACAUUUCAUUAACUAAAUACGUGCUAGAAAGCCUUCAUCUUUUGUUCAGAAUCAGCUUCAUAUCACAGUGUGAUAAGAAGCUGAUUCUGCACAACUUCGUUCUCAUUCAUCCUCGCAGCGCCUCAGCGCUUUAAACAGCCGGACGCUCGGCUUCUGCUGACUUCAAUGUGGAAGCUCGAAGUGGGUUGUUCCAGCAGCGAAACUAGACGCUCAUUGGAUAAAUGCUAGGCUUUGUCCCGCCCAUCGGACGCUCGGCGUCUCUGGAGUUCUGUGGCGAGAGUGCGGUCCCGACUUUCUCCCGGACUCCAAGCUUCUGCAUCCAUGAUUGGAUGAGCUGUCUGAGGCGAAAUCCUUUUUUGAUUGACAGCUAAACAAGCGAAUCAGCGAUCUUGAAGAAUAAAACAUCUGCCAAAGCAUUUUCCAAGUUAUUCAUUCCCUUGUUCUUAACUGCUCCAGAGACUUUACCGAUCCUCAGCGACUUUUGUCUUUGUUAAAAACGACUGCCGUUGUGUUUGGCGACUCUGUUCUGUUACAUACAAAUAAACAAACACAAUUAUGAUGUAGGCUUCCCAUCCUUGAAAGACCAGCAGCCGCCACUGGUUAAAAGCAAAUACACAAAAACAAACACGACACAGCUCAAGAUCAAGUUUUAGGCAAAAUAUUAGAUGUUCAUGUAACAAUUACAGCUUACAACAAAUGACUAUCUGCAUCCUUUUUUUUUCUUCUGGUGUGUCCUGAUAAAAAAAAAAAAAAAAAAAAAUAUUCAUCCUCAGGGUUUCCACCAUAGACUGUAUAUAAGAUAUACUGUAAGAUAUACUGAUAAGACUGUAUAUACAGUCUAUGGUUUCCACCCAUCUUAUCUUGCCUUUCCAUAUUUACACACAUCAUUUUUGGUCAUUGUACUUCAGGAGGAUUUUGACAGCAUGUAUGCCUAUCUUGAGCUACAGAUGACAGCAGGAUUUAUUAAGCAAUAUUUAACUCCAAACUGACCACCUAUUACCAUACUGUGAACAAGAUUUCAAACCAGACACCUCUUUAAGAUGCUUGACGUCAAUUUCAAAUAACUCUCUUUAAACUUGUUGACUCCAGGCCGUGUCGACAGGGGAUGUGAGGCGAGAAAUCACCUUUUGUAAGAAGACAGGUGUGCGGAUCCUGGGCAUCGUCGAGAACAUGAGUGGCUUUGUCUGUCCGCACUGCUCAGUAUGUAAACAUUCAGAUUUCUUUCCAUUCAGAUUUACAAACAUGUUUGCCCCUCAGUUUGAUAGAUUUGGAAGGAUAUCAAGAUAAUCUGUAAUGUCUACAUUAAUCUGUGCUUUACAUGGACUUAAUGUAUAAUCGUUUAUACUCAUGGUAACAUGUAUUCUGUCGUUGCAGGAAUGCAGCAAUAUAUUCUCCAGGGGUGGUGGUGAAGAGCUAGCCAAGCUGACUGGAUCAGUAUUCCUAGGUAAGAUCAGCAGGAUUGAACUGCAUGUAAUGUUUCCUUUCGGCCACAAGGUGUCACAGUACACUGUGAUCCCAUGUCACUCCUCACCCAGCAUCCAUUCAUGAUCGAGGAGGCAUUUUACAUCAAUGCCAUGCUGCUAAAAUGGUCGAUCCAGAUGUCAGUGCAGAGGUUUAAAAUAGCUCAGCCCAGCAUGAUGCAUGCUUGUCGAUAAUUCUUGGCCAAAUUAAUUGAUCAUUUAACAUUCGACUCGGUGGUUAUCUGCUUUGUGUGCAAAUCAAUCUCGUGAGUAAUGAUGCAGCUAAUUCAGCUAAGCCUGUGGCAGUGUGAAUGCAACUGUAUGUUUGUGCUGUAAUGCUCUAGCCAUUCAAAUAUUUCAGUUAAUGCUUCUUAAGGUCCACUUGAUAGAGUGGUAGAGGUCAUCCAUUUUUAACAGUGAUGCAUGAGGGGUAACAUACAUUUAUUUGCUUCAUGGUGUCUCCUGCAUUUCAGGCUCUGUGCCCUUGGAUCCUCUACUCAGCUCCAGCAUAGAGGAGGGCAAAGACUUCCUACAGCAAUUUCCAGACAGUGCCACCUUCAGUGCUAUCAGCAGCAUUUCUCAGACACUGUUAGACAGCCUCCAAACCGCCUAAGUCAUAGAUUUAUACUUGAUUGUAUUAAUACAAAUGAAAUGACGCUUUCAUGUUUGUCAUGUAAAUUUGUCCUAUAAAGAUUUUUACUGGGCGUCUUGUUUUGUGUCUUAUUUAAAAUGAUUUCUGCCAAAUGUACACUGCAGGCUUUGUUCACUGUUAUCUUAGUGCUGCAGCUCUGAAGGGUGUUAACCACAGUGUGAAGAUUAUCACGUCUCAUCCGAAAGUGAAAGAAAUGAAAAUGGAAACUAAACUGGACUUUUUACAGCAAGUUCAGACAGCAUUCGAUAAAAUGUUCAACUCACGCAACCUUUAGACCGGUCUGUAAAAUAUGAACAGUGCUGUAAACCCCUCUUUGUGUGUGUUUUCGGAAGACAGUCAAAUCUAAGUUGGAAUCUUCUUUAAUUUGAUUGUGACACACGUCGACACAUCAGGAUAACUUCAAUACCAGUGGUAAUACAGGAUUGUAGAUUGGCGCUUCAGUAAAGCUUCAGCAGCAGGUCCGUUUCCAGAAAAUAAACUCCAGAUCAAAUCUUACCAGUCUCCAUGAAACGAGGACAAACCUGGGUAUUGAUCUCUGCUACAAGCUACAAAAGGAUAUCAACUCUUGUCGAUUUUAAAAAGGAGCUGUAGGACUUUGGACAAGCUUUUUGAUCUGGAUUCAAUUUUCUGAAGCUAGCCUGCACUUCAGCUUCAUAUCCAACAGCAACAAGACACUGAAACCCAUGCAGGAUUUUAAUGGCUGGAAUGUGGAAGAGAUGAAGUACAGCCACAGAUGAGAGGGGAGUGAAGAAGAUGGAGAGGAGAUGAACUUUUUGGAAAUUACACUUGUGAGACCCAACACGGGGCACACACACCUUUAAUGCAAACAGCAGUACUACAGGAAAAACACUGAAGUUUGAGAAUGUUUGCGUAAUGAUUAGAAUACAGCUACACACAAAAACUCCCACUUCACCAGCAACAUACUAAAGGCAAUCUUAAUUAUUAAACCAAGAAUUACAUCCAGAGGAAUUCCAACCACUUAUCACAAUUACCCCACAGUGCAUUAAAUCUAUCUAUAUAGAUAUUUAUAUGUCUGUAUAUAAUAUGUAUAAUAUAUCCUGGGGAAUUAAAGACUUGCUGCAUUAAACAGUUCAAUGAACAAUUUCUUAUAAAUAAAAUCAGUGGAAAAAAAUCGUAAAGUCCAUAUACAUUUCUCUUUACAAAUAGAUCCUCAAGAUUAAUGCAGAAAUUGUGUCAACUCCCCGGUUGAUGUGGGAGGAGAAAAAGCUGUGCGGCCCUUUUCGGUCAGCUCUCUAUGACCAGAGGCCAGGCUGCCUCAGCCAGCCUCAAGGCCUGAAAUAAGUGGAGGGAAAAAAAGGAAUCUUCAUCAUACAACUGUUUUGAAACACACACACACACACAAGACAGACGAAUCACUACAUUGCGCAUUUACAAGUUGACUAUCAAAUCGGGACGACUGUACACAUUGUUGAGAUAAGACCAUAUUUAUGGAGCCAUUUUAAUUCAUUUUUUCCCGCCUUCACUUCUUUCAUCUUGUGUGGCAGAAAUUUUUUACAAUUUUUCCCGUUUUACACUUUUUCUCCAGCAGCAACAUAAAGGACAGAUCUUGUAGUGGAGAUGUUUGGUUGUUGUUGGUUUUUUUUUUUUAUUUCGUGGAGAGAAUGAGGGCGACGAUGAGCCCGUAGAGACCCAAGACCUCAGCGAAAAUCAAAAUGAGGAUCAUGCCCACAAAAAGCCUUGGCUGCUGAGCUGUGCCCCUCACGCCUGCGUCUCCCACGAUGCCGAUUGCAAAGCCUGCUGCCAGCCCACUGAGGCCCACGCUCAGCCCGGCACCCAGAUGGAGAAAACUCCUGAGCACAAAGAAAGCACUGUUAGCCAGCAUGAGGAAAGUUCAAGAUUAUAAAAUUUAGUGAUUUAAGGGAUUGAGAAAUCAUUAACUGAAAUUGCAAAAGUGAGAAUUUAAAAAUGUGUAAAGAUAAAUCAAAGUUCACAAGUUUGGUAAAAGCUGUUUUGUUGAUUUUGGGUAAGCUUUCAACCUGUGAUUAAUCUGCUGCCCUCGGCUUUUGAUCAAACAAUACGGCUGUUGUUUGUGCUUGUAUUAGUGAUCCUAACCUGGUAUUUGAACUUGAUUCACUCUUUAAUACUGGUGUUUCUGUAUUGUUAUAAGCCAAAACUCUGCUUGCUUCUAGAACGACUUACUCAAUGAAAAAAAAGCUGUAUAUUUAAAUCAGGGAGAAAAAUUUUUCAUGUGGGUGAGACAGCAGGUUUAUUUCUGUCAGGUCACCUGAACUUUAGAUCAGUGACAGGAAGUGGUAUGAACAUCACAUAUGCCGUGAUGGGACCGAACCAUAGUCAGGGGUGUUGAUCUACACAGGUUGUGUUCAUUGUAAUGAAAGAGUGUGCGACAGUGCUUGUAUGUGUUGAAUAACUCAUGGAUUGAGUAGAAAGUGGAGAUAUAUCAGGGCGCUGGUGAAAUGAUGAAACUCUUUCUUGGCGGCUGUUGUAUUAUCAAAAGAUGAAGAAACACUACAGUCUUUGCACAAUUUCCUGCAUUGUUUGUGUCAGACCGACACCUCCUUUUGAUCCAAUCAAGUAAACCCCACUCAAGCUUUUGUUGUCAAUGCUGAAAAAAGAUAACCACCAGACAAACGGCUGAAGCUGUGGUCAACUGAACUCACUUGUAGAGGCUGACUUUUUCUGAGAUGUUGUUGGCAAUCAGCACUGCUACUACCAGGCCGUAGAUGGCUAUAAUACCCGCCAUGACUACGGGGAUGAUAGACUUCAUGAUGAGCUCCGGCCUCAUCACUGACAUGGCGGCGAUCCCCGUUCCGCUCUUGGCUGUGCCAUAGGCUGCUCCCAAGGCUAGAAAGACACAGAGAGAGAAUAAUUCAAGAUAAACUGCAUAGAAAACUACAUUGAAACAACACAAUGUAUGGUGAAAUGCGACAGCAGAGCGACUUGAGAAAUGAGAAAGCACGACUCAAUAAUGAAGAAGUGAAAAAAGAGCUGGUGCAAGAAAAACGACAGCUGUUACAGUUUCUCUUCCCCUUGGAGAAUCCAACAUGGCUUCACACAGGGGGGGGAUUUUUGCUUGUCUCAAAAGAGGAAAUAACAGAUCAUCAUUUCAAGUGACGCAGAAUUGAGACAAACCAACCAAACACCUCUGUCACAGUUUCUCCUCUCCUUUGAAUGCUCCAGCCCUUGUGAUUUCAGGGAUGACUCUGCCCAGACAGCUGCAGUUGUAAAUCACUCUCUGAAUGAAAAAAGCCUCAUUAGGCUUAAGCACGCAGGGGAACUGCUGACAUCAUAAAAGAGCCAGGAUACAACAUCUACAGGAAGGAGCAUCAGAACAGUAAGGGCGCCGCACACACAUCUGCUGUGUGCCUUUUUCUGUAGCGCACUGGGCUCUGUGCAGCAUCAGUGAAAUGUGACGGGGAGAGAGGAGGACAAAAACCUUCAUCAGCGUUUCUGCUCAGUGGGCCUGUGAUGCUGAGGAGAAAGUGGAGUGUCACACAUAAGCGUGACUGCAGGAAGAGAGUAAAAUGGAAAAUCAAUAGUCACUACGCACUAAAAUUAGAAAACAUAAAUCCAAAUGCAGUUUAGAUCACAUAUCCCCUUUACCAUCUGCACACACAGCCCAUUAUAUAUAUAUAUCUUUGGACUAGGAACACCAUCUGCACCACAAGAAAACAGAAAUCCUGCAGGAACAACAGAGGAGUCACCCUCUGCAAGAUGAACAGGCAGAUAUUUAAUCAAUCUAACGUGUGUACACAACAGGCCAUUGUUCAUCUUCUGCAGCAUCCACCAAUAGCUGUCAGAGCACGGCUGUGUUGCCAACCAAAAGCUGGUUUGACAAGAUUCUCCUGACGUCACAGGUGUGUUGGGCAUAUGUACUGCUGCAUGUGUGUUUAUUUCUUCCACCCACAGUAAAAGCAAAGUGAAAGCUACAAGACAACACUGUCCACACAGGAUAGCAUCUACUAAAUUUACUUCCAUGUAAGAACAGUUCAGAGUUUUCCCAUUCAGGGCUUGACACCAACUUUUUUCACAAGGAGAGCAUGUGCUCUUAAGUUGAAAAAGCAGGGAGCACAUGAAGAACUUUAGGGGCCCAAUGAAAAUUGAUCAAGUAAUGUUUUUCUCAUUGGUCGACAUAAGUACUAUUAUUUAAAAUCAAUUUUAGGUUAAUUGGUCACAUGACAUGGAAGCUACUGAAGGAAAACAGCCUUUUCUGGGAACAUCAACCCAUAAUUUAUUGAUGGUCCCUUAUUCAACGAGUAGAUUUAACUGCGCUGCUGUUGCUAUUCCCGGUUACGAAAAGUGAGAAGACAACGGUAGAUCCACAGUGAAUGUCCGUCAGAUAUCCAACCUAAAACUAACUUCACCGUGGUAUUUACAUGAAAGACAUUGGUUGCCUUGGCUAAUUUUUUAUUUUGCUGUGAUGCAACGGUCACCUGCCUUUCGCUUGUUUUUCUUCUGCAAUAACAAAACAUGUCAAAGCAUGUGUUAAAUCACAUGCAAUUUGCCAACAUAAUCAUAUUGGAUGCAGUAAACUUGUGCAACAUAGUUAAACAUCAACCAUCUUUAAAAGGUAGUAGAAUAAGUGAGUAAGCAAAAUGCAUCCUUGGACUGUUUCUUGGCAGACUUGGCGUCGUAGCUUUGAAGCAGCUUCAUGGCCGACAUACUGAUGAUGAUUCAAUCUGAACUGUCUCCAGAGAUAUCGUCUUGGGAGACAGCCUUGUGCACACAGCCUGCUUCAUGUUUUUUCUCAUGUCUUAGGACAAUGUGUUGCAAAAGCCUGCAGAUAGCUCCGGUUAACUCAGAGACUGGCUGCGAGGCUUUCUGGCAGAAAGAUCCAAGGGGUAGAUGGGGGAAGAUGGUGCA